CUUCUCGUAAAGGAAAAGGAAGCAAUUAUCUAUGCUUCCAUAAUUUCCGUUUCUAGGCUUUCUAAAUGGUUUCUUCAGAAACUACCAAAAAGGGUCUUCUGUAAGUUAUUGUAUUUCUAAGAUAACAAACUCAUCCCGCACAAUAAAAAAAAGGUUCCAUCCUUUUGUGAAAGUCAGCAGAAAAAAGAACAACAAGUGAACCGAGUGCGAGACUCAGUGCAACAGUGCCCUAUUUUCCAUUGCUGUUUCUUUCAGGAGCCAUAAAGGCUUUUAUGGAAAUGGCAAUUGUUAUUGCUAUCCAACAGGAGGAAUCAGGCAUGGAUCCGACAGAUGUUCGGAUCAAGAAGAAUGAAAAUAUCUUCUUCAGUUGGCAUCAAGUGCCAUUCGUUAACGGAUGAUCUGUUGGGCCUGAAAUUUCGGCGGUAGUCUUUGGUGAGUGUUGUUAGCUUAUAUUAAUUUUUUCAAAUUUUUUGGUCGUUAAAUUAACAAUUUUCGUCUCGAACGACGCAGCGUCGUAACAACUUCCUGUCGAACAAAAUCGUUGGAAGUUGAUGGGUCUCCUGGAGUUGGUGGCCUCAAACAUUGUUUCGCAAAUCGUCUACUGGUCAGUGACUUCGUGCUAUUGUGGAUCUUCAAAUUUUUCAAAGGAAAACUCCAACAAGUGAAAGAUGGCGUUCCUGAGGAUCCUGGUGUUGCUGGUCGUUGGUGUUGCGGCUGCUGGGGUGGACUGUGGUCCCAAAGACUGAGUGUUCGUGUGUCGGGAAGUCUGCGGCAAGGAGGUGAGGGGCGCCGGCGGCUACAGGCGCCGUGUGACGUUCGUCGGGGCGACGCUGUUCUUGGACUGCGUCAGACAGGCGGAUCUCAAGGAGGUGAAGCUGCUGUCGCCGACGGUCUGCGUCGGGCGUCGGUCCUAGAUGGAUUGGGUAGUGACGCCGUGGAGGUGGUGCGAGGAGGUCGUGCCCCCCAAACCAGAGAUCUCGACGGCGGCAGUUCCGCCGGUGAUGAGCCUCGCCAGGUGGCGCCGACAGCCAAUUUGGCAGUCGUCCACGUGCCGGCGAGCAAAACGCCGUUUGUGGUUUGGGCGCCGCCUUCGACGCAGCAAAGCGUUGUGGUGGCCCAAGAGGUGCCACACAUCAUCAGGGCGCCAUCGUCGACACCGGAAGUGACGGUCAACAUCAAGCAUGGUGUUGCGCACGUCAAGGCAGACGUGGAUCCUUGGACGGCAAUGGUCCUAGUCUUCAUGGGCCUUGGGGGAGCUGGAGCCACGUCUCUGGCUGUCUUUUUGGUUUGGCUGGUCAAGUUCAUAAGGAACAAGUCAUCGUACAUGCGGGAGUUGGUGCGGAUGCUGAUGCCGGAGGAUCAGCAGGAUCCGGAAGCCCAACCAGUGGUGGAUCUGCUGGGGCUGGAAGAGAUGGAUAAACCCGUCGAGAACUUUGAGAAGGAGGAAAUGGUCCUUGAGGACACUAAUCCGUUUAAAGAGAUGUUGAACGCGUAAUAUGUAAAUAUCGCGUCAAAAAAAGAGAGUGCCAUUUUUCGUACCCACGUUUUUAUAUGGGUAAAAAGGCAAUAAGAGAAAUUGUAAAAAGAA